AUGGGAGAACCAAGCAUCAGCUUUGAAGAGACAGGUGCUACUAUCAAUGAUCCAGCAGCGGAAAUGGCCGAGCCCAGCGAAUUGAAGAUGCAAGAGGCUUAUCAGCGAUAUGAUUCGGAACGGGACAGACGACUGCGACCAGACGGUUUCACGCAGUACGUGGACUUCGUUGAUGAACCUGCAGCAGACCUUCGGCCAGCAGAGAAGAUUGUGACCAACGAUAAUCUGAACCAGCAAAAGGAUUUCCGAGUUCUCAUUGUUGGUGCUGGCUUCGGGGGACUACUAUUCGCAGUUCGUCUACUUCAAACUGGCUUUUGCCAGCCCGAUGAAAUACUGCUUGUGGACAAAACUGGUGGCUUCGGAGGAACAUGGUGGUGGAAUAAAUAUCCUGGCUUGACUUGUGAUGUUGAAAGUUACAUCUGCAUGCCCUUGCUGGAGGAGACGAACUACACGCCCUCGCACAAAUAUGUCUCCGGGAUCGAGUUGAAAGAGCACGCGGAACGAAUCGCCAAUCAAUGGAACCUCAAGAAACGGGCCUUCUUCGGAACCGAAGUCGAUAAAAUGGAUUGGAAUAAUGAGGAUGCCCAAUGGAGAGUACACAUAACAAAGAAUAAUAACUUACCUACGAUUCUGAAAUCAGAUAUUGUCAUCAUGGCCAACGGCCUGCUGGACUUCCCAAAGAUACCCAAAGCUGAAUGGCCUUGA